GUGCUGCUGUUCGGAUGGGGUGCUGCCGCUGAGCAAGUUCUCAAGGAAUUGUCCUCGAUCGGCACUGAGCAGGUGGGUGGAAGCUUACCUUCGUCGGCUGUCUUCUGUAUUUCUCAGACAUCACAAGCAAAAGACUGUGAUUUGCGGGACGUUUGCGCAGCUCUUGGCUUCAAAUGCGUACUUUCCGACAAUGAAGUCGAGAUCUUGGAAAUGGUACGCGGCUUUCGGCCAGACUUGAUUGUCUCUGCGUCUUACAGGAAGAAAUUGCCUGGUAGCGUGUUGAACCUGUGCCCUGAUUGUAUCAACUUCCACCCGUCUCUGCUGCCCAAGCAUCGGGGAUGUUGGUCAGGCUUCUGGUGCAUUUUUGAGGGCGACACCGAGACAGGUGUCACAUGCCACCGCAUGGUGGAGGCAUUCGAUGCUGGACUCGUGCUGCACCAGGAACGUAUCGUGGUGGACGAGGUGGACACCGCCUUUUCUGUUUACCGGAAGCUAUUACCGGUGACUGCACGGUGUGCGCGGCAGGUGUUCUUGCGGUAUUUCAGUUCCGAAGGUCUACCUGCAGGCGAAGAGCAGAAAGGUGAAAGCUCCUACCACUACAGGAAACUCCCAUUCAAUGGCCUGGUCCAACCAGACUGGUCUGAUCAGCAGGUCGCGCGCUUCAUUCGGGCGAUGGAGUUCCCGCCGUUUGAUGGUGCAGCCGUGCUGGUGGACGGCAAACGACUGCUGGUCGACUCUGUCGAGGAGAUCUCUGAUGGCUUGAGCCAGCUCCGCAAAGUUCGUGAGCUGGUUCUGACCUUGGGAUGCUGCCAGCACGACACGGCUCUUCCGACCUGCUCCAUGAACCUGCGAGGACGCGAUUACGACAGCCUCGGAGAUGCCAUCCCCGAUCAAGAAGCACCCAUCCCCAGGCUGCGGCAGGCUGGCAAGUCAUGGGGACACCUCACGGAUCCAGGCUCAGCGAUGUUGCCAAGGCGAGAAUCGUCCGAUGACUGGGCGAUGAUGCCUUCCCGGCUGCCGCAGUCCUUGGGCUACCAGGAUGUGAAUCUUGGAGUUGUCCAGCAGGUGUAUCCCCGGUCCUUCACGCUGAGCUCAGGAUACGAGGUGGACCCAACACUUCGUUUCGGCGGAUGCCGCGAUGGCGAGCUGUCACCAAUACGCGCAAGUACGGUGGUGAGAUCAGCUUCGCCGUUGACGACCGUCUAUAGUCUGCCAGCACAGGUUUAUACAAGACAGCCCAGCCCAGUCACUUCGGUUUCAAACGGCUUGUCAGCCACUCGCCCGGCCUACAUUGGGCCCGUGGAGGCCACUUCUUCCUACACCCAAGCCCAGGUCGCCGCACCCAAGUCUUUCUCCCAAGGCAAGUACGUGUCGUGGUCCCCAGGCUCAGGCUCAGCAACGUGGGCCAACUACUCGUCAACCGACAGGGCUGGCGAGUGUGGGCGGAGCGAGGGCGCACUCAGCUCCGCCAGAGCAACCGCUGGCAAGCACGAGAGCAUCGACCACCAAGGGGUGCCACAGAAGAGCAGCUUGCCGUCUGUGGACUCUUUGGCGAGUGCUCCACGGCCACUGCCGCUCUCGUUGGGUCAGCCGCCUGCCACGAUACAAGCCGAG